AGCUUGACGGGGAUGUUGUGGAACAUCAUGGCUUUUACUGUUUUACAGACUAAGACGGAGGACCGAAUUUAUGGAAAAUAGAACUAGUAAAUUAAUAAAAUAUUGAAUCAAAGUCUAUACAAAAUUGGGGAAGCCAAGGGCAGUGAAAAAGUUGCUUGAUUGAAGGAUUGAGUUUUCCAGCUCAAUCUCAGAUGAUGAUAUAAAAGCUUCUCCAUAAUUUACGAUAAACACAAAGGAACACAGCAAGUUUCAGCAAUGGCUCACACUUACAAGUCACUUGACGGCAUCUACACCAGCGAUAUCGAAGCCCUGGGAAUUCCUUCUGAACUUGCUGACCAACUCUACCAGAAGCUCACCCAGAUCGUCGUUAAUCACGGCGCUGCUACGCCCGACACGUGGCGGAACAUAUGCACGGACGUCCUUAAUCCUGACCUUCCUUUCGCUUUUCAUCAGAUGCUCUACUAUGGUUGCUUCAAGGACUUCGGACCUGACCCACCUGCUUGGCUGCCCCAUCCGGAAGCUGCAAAUUUAACAAAUGUUGGGCAGUUAUUAGAGAGGCGUGGAAAAGAAUUUUUGGGGUCAAGAUACAAGGAUCCCAUAUCGAGUUUUUCUGAUUUUCUGGAAUUUUCAGUCUCAAACCCGGAGGUGUAUUGGAAAACUGUUCUGGAUGAAAUGAAUAUUUCAUUUUCAGUACCUCCACAGUGUAUUUUAUGUGAGAAUGCAAAUGGGGUGUCAAACCCAGGUGGGCAAUGGCUUCCUGGAGCAUAUUUGAAUCCUGCAGAAAAUUGCCUUAGUUUAAAAAAUGAUAGAAGUUUGGAUGACAUUGUGAUAAGAUGGCGUGAUGAAGGAGAUGACAAUUUGCCUGUAAAGAGCAUGUCACUCAAGGAAUUACGUGCAGAAGUUUGGUUAGUUGCAUAUGCACUUAGUGCCCUGGGCUUGAAGAGGGGAUCUGGAAUUGCAAUUGAUAUGCCAAUGAAUGUCAAUGCUGUGGUUAUCUACCUAGCUAUUGUUCUGGCAGGAUACAUUGUUGUAUCCAUUGCUGAUAGUUUUGCCGCACUUGAAAUAUCAACAAGACUUAAAAUAUCUGAGGCAAAAGCCAUAUUUACUCAGGAUGUAAUCCUUCGCGGUGACAAAAGUAUACCAUUGUUUAGUAGAAUUGUGGAUGCCCAAGCACCAAUGGCUAUUGUUAUUCCUGCCAGAGGCCUUGAUCUCAGCGUGAAAUUGCGUGAUGGUGACAUUUCUUGGCCUGAUUUUCUGGGAAAAGUCAGAAAUUUUAAAGAAUGUGAAUUUGCAGCUGUUGAAUUACCGGUAGACGCAUUCACAAACAUCCUGUUCUCAUCUGGAACCACAGGGGAACCAAAAGCAAUUCCAUGGACCAAUGCAACUCCUUUGAAAGCUGCAGCAGAUGCAUGGUGCCACAUGGAUAUCCGUAAAGGGGAUAUUGUGGCUUGGCCAACUAACUUGGGUUGGAUGAUGGGUCCUUGGUUGGUAUAUGCGGCAUUGUUAAAUGGAGCUUCAAUAGCUUUAUAUAAUGGAUCCCCACUUGGGUCUGGCUUUGCUAAGUUUGUACAGGAUGCUAAAGUAACAAUGCUUGGUGUUAUCCCAAGUAUUGUUCGGGCAUGGAAAAGUGCAGAUUCUGUAGCUGGCUAUGAUUGGUCUGCCAUUAGGUGCUUUGCCUCCACCGGAGAAGCUUCAAAUGUAGAUGAGUACUUAUGGCUGAUGGGGAGAGCUUAUUACAAACCUGUCAUUGAGUAUUGUGGUGGUACAGAGAUUGGUGGUGGAUUUGUUUCUGGAUCAUUUCUGCAGGCUCAAUCACUGGCUGCUUUUAGUACUCCGGCUAUGGGCUGCAAGUUGUUUAUUCUUGGGGAUGACGGUUUUCCUAUUCCUCAAAAUUUACCAGGGAUGGGUGAGUUGGCGCUUGGUCCGCUCAUGUUUGGUGCUUCAAGUAAACUGCUGAACUCUGAUCACUAUGAUGUGUACUUUAAUGGAAUGCCUUCUUGGAAUGGACAGAUUCUCAGAAGGCACGGGGAUGUUUUUGAGCGCACUCCUAGAGGAUAUUAUCGUGCUCAUGGCCGUGCAGAUGAUACCAUGAAUCUUGGGGGCAUAAAGGUUAGCUCAGUUGAGAUCGAGCGGAUCUGUAAUACAGCUGAUGGUGACAUCCUUGAAACAGCUGCCAUUGGGGUACCACCACCAACCGGAGGUCCUGAGCAACUCAUAAUUGCCGUUGUUUUCAAAGAUUCAAGUAACGCACCAUCGGACUUGAAUCAAUUGAGGGCGUCUUUCAAUGCGGCAGUGCAGAAGAAACUAAAUCCGUUGUUCAAGGUCUCUGAUGUAGUUCCCUUUCCGUCUCUUCCGAGGACCGCGACAAAUAAGGUUAUGAGAAGGGUCCUGAGGAAGCAACUUGCCGACAAAAAUUCUACUGUGAUGAAUGGAUCCUUGCAAAAAGAAGCAGCAGCAAGCAUGAGCUGAAAAUUUGAAGCUCUCCACUGAUCGACAUGUCAAAAUCGAAACCAUAGUUUUGUCCACUCCCAUACACACAUUCAUGUAUCAGUUUGCAGAUGCUUUGGUAUGUUUGAGAAAUUGAUGUUUUGAUCCAUAAGGUGCAGUAAUUUUUGUGUCAGCCAUUGUUGUGUUGAAGGAAAGAUACAAUGCUUUAAAACGCUAAAUCCUCGUUAUUUAAAUACAAUUCCACUUUUGGACAGCAA